AAUAAAAAAAUAUAUUAUUAAAAUAGUACUAAAAAAAAGAGAUGAUGUAACGGAAUAUGGUGUGUUCUCAUACGAUUUGUACAGCAGAGGCAGCGUGCAUGCCUUGAAAACGGUUUGUAUUUAGCUUUUCAGUCACUCGGCAUUAUUCAACAAUACCAAAUUGGAGGAAGAAACUUUGCCCAAAACCAGGAAUCGAAGAAAAGUUGCAGGCGAGAGCUAUGGAUGCUAGCAGGAAGAGAGCGAGGGACGGGGAAGCAGCAGAAAUCCUCCAACCCAACAAAAAAGAGCGCAUCGACGAUCGGAGGCGUUACGAGUUCCACGACGGAAUCGGAGUUUUCGAUUUCCCGUGGCUCAAGGAGGGCGUGGUCUUUGAGGAUCACAAUCACGACGACAAGUUUUCAUAUCUGGACGAGACUUUCGCAGCGGACCGCGAUCAGUCGCAAAAUCUCUGUGUUUCUGUGGACGGUGAUGAUGAUUUCAGUUUUCUGUCGCUGGUGGAUGAUCUGGAGCCGGUGGAUUGCAUUUGGAGCUCCGUGAUUGAUCAACCGCUCUUCGGCGUUGGAUCUGGCAAGGGAUGAUUGUGUAUGAUGGUAUUGGUGCAUCAUCCAUUUUUCUGCAAAAUUGUGCUUUUUUGAGAUCCGAGGCUACAUCGAAACUCCAAACUCCAAAAUACUUUUGUUUUUUGUUUUUCAAAAAAUGAAAAAUAGUGAAAUAUAAUGUAGCCAUUCAUUCCUCUCCAGUGAACCUAAAUUGGAGAGAUUGAGAUGAUAAUUGAGUUGUAUCACUCCAACUACCAAAAUCCAAGAUUUUGCCAUUUGCGAAAUUACACCAUUGGAUUCACUACCAUCAAACUCCGAUAUUUCAUUUUCAA